GACUUAAUUCCGGCAAAAUUUAUUCAACUGUUCUCUGUUGUUGUAUUACUCUGCAAAUUGAAGUUACUUUCAUAAUUUUGUUUUUACGACUAAAUUAGUUCGCUUUCAUCGAUCUCAAUGGCCUCUAACCCACCUUUAGCUAUUUCUCAACUCUUACCAUUAGAAUUGAUUGACAAAUGUAUUGGGUCUAAGAUACAUGUUAUUAUGAAGAACGAGAAAGAGAUUGUUGGAACUUUGCUCGGAUUUGAUGAUUAUGUCAAUAUGGUCCUUGAGGAUGUCACUGAAUUUGAAAACACCAAUGAAGGAAGACGUGUUAACAAACUGGACAUGAUAUUACUUAAUGGGAAUAACAUUGCAAUGAUGGUUCCUGGAGGUGAUGGUCCUAUGCCAGAAUAUUCAACAUGAAAAUCUUUCUCAUCCUUCAUCAAAUAUUUGUCCCAAAGAGCAUAGCAAGAGAUAUUCCGCCUUGUUAGUUAUCUUGUCGAGAUCAGGAUAGAGAAAAAGGAGCAGAACGCGAUGGUACACUAAAAAUUCUUAUCUUUUCUUUUUUGCACUUCUUUUCAUCAAAUAUUUGUUUACAUUUAUCAUUUUUUCGUCUCUUCACUUUUCUUCUUCUCGCUACUAUCUCCCUCUCCUCCUGCUCCUUCCAACUUAUCACUCUUAUUCAUAGUUCUCACUCGCGUGCUCUAGGGAUGUGCGGUUUCCGAUUUAACCGACAACGAUUUUUUCGAUCAAUUUCCGCAGAAAUCGAUCCAUUUGCGAUUUUUAAAAAGACAAUAUCAGAAAAAAUUGCCAAAAAACACAUUCUUUAUUUUUCAAAACAAAAAAGUAUUAUCAGAUCUACAAAAUUGUCUUAUGCUUAAAAGCACAUUUUAAAGAGAUAAUUUUAUCUGGGUUGUGAUCGAUCAAUUUAUGUCAGAAAUCGGAUCUUAACAUCACUAGCGUGCUCUCUCGCUGUUACUCUGUAAGAUUUACAAUAAAUGUUUUGUUGUUUA